AUGCCAGCCAACAACAGGAAGAACAAGGGCAAGGAUGUCGUCCAUAGCAACAACAACAACAGCAUUAACAAGACCCUAAAGUAUAAGGAGGGAGCUGUAAAAAGCAAAAUACAGGCUGAGAGCGAUGAGUUUGAGAAGGUUCUGGCAGACCUCAGCAAGGCAACGGAGGCCGCAGGCAGGAAACGGGCCAAAAUGGUAGAGCGUGAUGAAAGGCUGCGAAAGGAGCGAGAGGAGCGACAUAAGAAUAUUGCUGCGAAGAAAACAGACAUGGAGAUGGAGUUUGAUAUGAUGUUGCGUCGCCAACAGCAAAAGCAGCAGUUCCAGGACCUACUCCAGCAGCUGCUGGCCACCCAACGCAUGCUACUGGAUGCACCCAAUACAGAUUUCCACGGCGAAACAGUGACGGAAAACCCUCAUUUUGACGUGGCGGUAGGAGAAAUGCAGGGCUGGCGUGUCCACAUGGAGGAUGAGCACUUGGUAGAUGUGGCAUUCCCCACUGGCUCAUCCAAUAGCAAGGAGGGGCUCUUCUGCGUCUUUGACGGCCACUCAGGGAAGGAAUGUGCCCAAAAGUGUCGGGAGUUGAUCCCCAAGGUGGCGAUGAAAUAUGUAACGCCUGCAACGGGGGAAAAUGCGAGUCACACAGUGGACUUUGAGAAGGUUUACAUGGAGGUGGAUAGCAUAUUGGAGGAGGAGUUAAAGGAUGGAUCAGGCUGCACGGCAGUCACUGUGCAUGUCACAGCUGACACCAUUACCUGCGCUUCCGUUGGGGACUCUCGGGCUGUGCUUUGCCGCAACGGUGCCACCUUUGACCUUUCUCAUGACCAUAAGCCAGAUAAUGCACUGGAACGCGAGAGAAUUGAGGCUGCGGGAGGCUCUGUUUCGGAGAACCGCGUGAAUGGUCAACUUGCGAUGAGCCGGGCGAUGGGCGACUUUACGUACAAGUCCCAGAAAGAUCGUGACCCGAAGGAACAACAAGUCAUUGCCGUGCCGGACGUUGUCAGCACCCCGCGGGAGCCCGGUGACGCGUGGGUGGUGCUGGCCUGCGAUGGCAUUUUUGAUGUCCUCAACAAUGAUAUGCUGCUGGAGUGUGUGCUCGUCAAGAAACACCAGGGCAAAAGCAAUGUGGAGAUAUGCGAGGAUAUUUGUCGUGAGUGUUUGGCGCCACCGGUGGAGGGCGGUGGCCGCAGCGCACGCGCUGAGGGCACAGACAACAUGACCAUCAUGAUUGUGGAUCUCAAGUGA